UUCCUAUGCAAGAAAGAAAUAAAGAGCGGUAGGGAUUCUGGAUUCGGCAUCACGUGCUUCUGAGUUUGAGAAAGGCCAUUCAGGUUCAGGCCAAUAAGAGUUGUGAGUACGAGCGCGAGCGCGUGCGCCAGCGGGAGAGAGAGAGAGAGGAGCGAGAGAUGGUGAGAGUGAGGAGGGAAGUGGAAGAUAGACCUCCAACUCCGGAAGAAGAAAUUGUGUAGGGAGAAGCAGAGAACGAUGCGUCGAGAUUUUUCACGUUUCUUCCAGCCCCGAUGCCUUAUUUUCUUGGUCGUUGUCGCCGUUGUCGUUUUUCUAGCGUUCCCGACUUCUCACCAGGAGGAAGAGAAGUUGGAGGAGAUCCCUGCAAUUACUCACAGAGUAUUCUUGGAUGUUGAUAUUGAUGAUCAACGUAUUGGCAGAAUAGUUAUUGGAUUGUAUGGCCAGGUUGUACCAAAAACUGUUGAAAAUUUCAGGGCUUUAUGCACAGGUGAGAAAGGGAAAGGUGCCAAUGGAAAAAAUCUACACUACAAGGGAAUACCAUUUCAUCGUAUAAUCUCUGGGUUCAUGAUCCAAGGUGGAGAUAUUGUUUAUGGGGAUGGGAGAGGAAGUGAUUCUAUUUAUGGUGGAACAUUUCCUGAUGAGAAUUUCAGGAUAAAACACUCUCAUGCAGGUGUUGUAUCCAUGGUGAAUUCUGGACCUGAUUCCAAUGGCUCACAGUUCUUCAUAACUACAGUUAAAGCCAGCUGGUUGGAUGGGGAGCAUGUCGUCUUUGGCAAGGUUAUUCAAGGUAUGGACACUGUAUACGCAAUAGAGGGGGGAGCUGGGACCUACAGCGGGAAACCCAGGAAGAAGGUUGUUAUCGCAGACUCAGGUGAGAUACCCAUGAACAAAUGGGAUGAAGAAAGCUGACCAACUUCACCAAAUGACCUCUGCCAUUAAAACUGUCGUCCGUGUAACCUGACGACCCGUCAUCCAUUGGUUUAUUUGGGUGUGCUCCCGAGAUUGGUUUCAUGUUUAUUGCCAAUGGAAUUGCUCUAUGCAUGAAUUUUUCCCAGGCGGUAUCAGUUCUAUGGUCAUUAAUAUAUUAUUGCCAAAGAAGUUCAUGGUCUGUUGUUUGUAACCCAUUGACGCUUAUUAAUAUAUACAUGUACUUGUUGCAAUUGCCUUGA